AUGUCUUCGUUAUUGACCAACAAAUAUUUCAAAGACUAUUACAAUAAUCCAAGUCCAACGGCGAUUGGUACUAUGAUCGCCAUCCUAGAGAUUGGUGCUUUGAUAUCAUCGUUCGUUGCGGGUAAAGUUGGUGAUCAUAUCGGAAGAAGACGCACUAUACGUUAUGGAUCGUUUAUCUUCAUAAUCGGGGGGCUUAUCCAAACUUCGUCAAUCAAUAUUAUUAACUUAGGGGCAGGAAGGUUUAUCAGUGGUGUGGCAAUUGGGUUUUUGACUACUAUCAUUCCAUGCUAUCAGUCUGAAAUCAGUCCACCUGAUGAUAGAGGAUUCUAUGCGUGCUUAGAAUUUACUGGUAACAUCAUUGGUUACUCUACAAGUAUUUGGGUGGAUUAUGGGUUUUCGUUCAUAGAAAAUGACUACUCAUGGAGAACUCCAUUGGCCAUCCAAUGUGUCAUGGGUGGCCUUUUGUUUAUUGGAUCAUUCGUAAUCGUAGAAACUCCAAGAUGGCUUUUAGAUCAUGAUCAUGAUAUUGAAGGAAUGAUUGUGAUUUCUGAUUUGUAUGGUGAUGGUGAUGUUGAAGACGAAUUAUCUAAAACGGAAUAUAGAAACAUUAAGGAAAACAUUCUCAUCGCAAGAGUGGAAGGAGGGGAACGUUCAUAUCGUUAUAUGUUAACUAAGUAUAAGAAACGUCUUUCAGUUGCGUGCUUUUCGCAGAUGUUUGCACAAUUGAAUGGUAUUAAUAUGGUUUCCUAUUAUGCGCCUAUGAUUUUUGAGCUGGCCGGUUGGGUUGGUAGACAGGCCAUUUUAAUGACUGGUAUUAAUUCCAUAGUUUACGUAUUGAGUACAAUUCCGCCAUGGUAUUUGGUGGAUGGUUGGGGCAGAAAGCCGUUAUUGUUGUCUGGCGCUGUUGUCAUGGGUAUACCAUUAUUAGUGAUUUCGUAUUCAUUAUUCCUUGAUAACAUUUAUACCCCAAACAUAGUGGUUGUAUCGGUGAUCAUAUUCAAUGCUGCAUUUGGUGCAAGUUGGGGGCCAAUCCCAUGGAUGAUGAAUGAAGUAUUACCUAAUAGUAUUAGAUCUAAAGGUGCUGCCAUGUCCACUGCAACUAAUUGGCUAUUCAACUUCAUCGUAGGGGAAAUGACCCCAAUAUUGUUGGAUACCAUUAAAUGGAGAACCUAUUUGAUCUCAGCCGUCUCGUGUGCAUUAUCAUUUUUAUGCGUCCACUUCUUGUUUCCGGAAACAAAGGGGUUGAGCUUAGAGGACAUGGGCUCCGUAUUUGAUGAUAACUCGUCUAUUUUUUCGUUCCAUUCGGGUGCAUCCAGUGGAAACAAUGCAUCAACUACUACUAUCAAUAACUACGGGGCUGCAGAUAGAGAUAGCGGUAUCGAGGUUCGCAGAACUAGUAUCUCCGUUGAAACUCCAAACCAUGCAAACAUAGUUAAUGAAGCAUUUCGCCAAUCCCCAGCAUCAAUUGCUCGUAAUUCAAAGGCCAAACCAGAGUUAGACGGUCUUAUUACUGGUAAUCCACCACCCGUACCACCUGACCUCUCGGUCUUGGACUCCAAUGUACCUCCACAAGAAAUCGAACCACCUUCAUUCGACGUCAUUUUCAAAUAUAAAGUUCGCCAAUUAGAGAAACCAAACAUAUUCCAAAAGGCUUUCCGUGCAAUCUCCGGUGAUAGUACGUUCAAACCACCACAGAUCGACGAAGAACGUACUUUGCUCUCGAAUAAUUGA